AUGUCCUUCCUCGCACCCACCACUCCAACAACAACCAAGAGAAAGUUAAGCCUUUCUAAUGUGAUGCAGCCAGAAGAAUCUAUGCUGCUCAUUUCCAACGGAAGCCUUACUUCACCUCACUCAGCUUCUCCCUUAUCAAGUUCAUCCUCUUCUCCUGCCUCAUCCACAGUAAGCUCAAGAAGGCAAUCCACAACAAGUGAGGCUUUGCUCUUGGUUCCACCGACGGUUGGGUCAUUAUUGACAAGAUCACGCAGUGCAGGCAAGCUUGAAGAAGGCUCCACAACACCCAAAUCUUCAAGAAGAGCUCUUAGUAAGGCUGAUUCUUUUCGGGUCUCCCCCACCACUGAUUUGAAAAAGGAGCAAGAAAAAUCUCUUGUCAAGGCCUAUCAAAACGCUUUGCUUCCUUCCACCAAAAUCUACCUCACAAGUGCUGAGAAUGAUAUGUACAGCAUUCCAAGCUCUCUCCACAGUGCAACAGUGUUUGAGCCUCACGUUGAACAUUUGGGAGCUCCGAUUCUUUUUACGGCAUGCCAUGGUCAUCAGGUGUAUAGAGGAGGAAAAGUUUCGGAUGAUAGUGAAAGAUUACACCUUAAAGAAACCUUUACGAGUGAGAUUGCUCUCCUGUUGGCAGCCAAAGUUCGAAACAUGCUCAACUCGUUAGAAGGCUCGUUUGUGGUGUGGAAUAUGAAGACCGUUCAUGAAGAAGAUAGUUCUCACAUUGAUCCAAACUAUUUGAUGCCCGAACAAUACUCUCUUUCACCCUUUCAUUUGUUCUUGCACAAGUUUAAAAAGCUCUACAAUGGCAUUCCAAUGCUACACGUUGAUAUCCAUGGAAAAGUCAAUCGAAGAGACAACCGAAAUAUUGAUGUUGGGUUUGCUCCCAUGAUGGAAUUCUGGAGUAAUUCCAUUCAUGCCAAAAUUCUCAAGGAUGACUUUUGCAAACGCUUAACAAAUGCCGUUUCGUUGUGUACUCGAUCGGUUGGUGGCUUUAAAGUUGGCGUUGAAAAAGAACCAUCACAAAAUGGAUUACGGGGAGAGAAUGCACCCCACACUCUGAGCCAUCAAAGCGUUCUUCUCGAAAUUCCAGCUGUUCAGCUUGAGAUUCCUUACGACGUGCGAAAGGAACUCGUAGAGAAUGAUGCUUUUCUGGAAGAAGUCGCAAAAGCCAUCACUGAAUGCUACAAGAUCACUGUUUGUAAAAUGUACGACAUGAAUUGGCAACAAUGUCAUCAUCACAUCGUUCGUUUGAACACAGAAAAUGAUAAGAAAACUCUCCGAUUGACUUCAAAGAAACACCAUCAUGACCAUGUGGAAGAGAUGUUUCUACAAAUGCUGACUGAGUAUGCAGCGUUAGAGAAACAGCAAGUGUCAAUUAAACAAAUCUAA